AUGGCGCACCCGCACUACAACCAGUAUCAGCAGAACAUGCACGGCAUGCCGCCGCUUCAGACGCAAGGGAACAUGCCCAACCAUCAGCGUCCCUUCUCACCGCAGCAGCCGUACCAGCAGUCGCCAGGCGCCAUGUCCCCAACGAGCGGCGGCAUCCCUCCCGCAAAGCGCCAACGUUUGUCACCGCAGCCGCAACCCUUGUCGCCUUACAGCUCCCAGUACAACUCGCCCUUCUCCAACUCGAACCCGCAGUACUCGACCCACACCUCGCCGUACGCUACCUCGCCGCCGGGGCAACAAUAUCUCUCCCUGCCCCAGUCGCCCGUCGCGUCACAGCCUUCGACCCCUUCAUUUCACCAGCCACAGCCAUAUCAGCCGCCGCACGUGGCAGGAGACUCGCGACCACCCUUUCCUGGAGCCAUGUUGCCGCCAAAAGUUCCUGCUAGCAAGGCUCAGAAGGAAGACGAGUUGGAAAAGAGCACUGCCAAGGACUCAAAUCCCAACACGCUUGCCGACGUCAUUACAGGCUCUGGCAUCGAUCUGCAGCGAGAAGAGGAGGCUUUGUUGCAGUACAACUCGUACAACUCGCAAGGUUCCGCGUCGACCAUCUCCCCGCAUGGAAGCUUCAAUCAGUGGUCCCAACAGUCCAACCAUGGCGCUUUCCAAGGAACCGGACCGCUAAGUCAACCCAAAACGAAGGAUGAACAGGAGAACGAGUUGCGGCAAAAGCACGCCAAUGUUGCCCGUAUACAUAAUGAAGCAGCUUCACACCCUCUGACGGACCCUUUUCUCCUCGCUGCUGGCGUGCGCCAGCGUAUGUCCAAGAAGGUCUACGAGCACGGCAUCAAACUGGACUUGGAAGGUUUGUUUGACAAAAUCCCCAGUGCUGUUCAAAAUGUUUCUCGUCGCGAAAUGGGACCUGCGUCUAAUGGCGAAUCGAUCGUAGAACUCCAGGCGACCAGCCUGCUCAACAACGGAGCGCCACUUGUGGAUCUUGUCUCCCUCGUGUCACUCGCUGCAGAAGAACGGGUACGCACCGUGAUCGAAGACGCCUUCGCACUAGCACAAGGCCGUCGGAACACCGCUCAAGGCGUCGUGCCUCCUAACCUAGCUGACCUCGCCGUCGCUAAUGAAGAGGCCCGACGCACAGAAGCUGCUGUUCCGAACAUAUCAAAGACCGCAUGGGAAGCACCAGAUAGCGCUUCCAGUCCAACGGCACGUUUGCCUACACCUCCCAGCGAUGUGUCUCCAGCACCGCAAGCAACAAUACAGUUCACCGCCAAUCCCAUAGUCAAUGCCCUCAAGCGCAGGAUGCAGGAGGAUGAGAAGUUCGAAGCAGCUCGCAUUGCCAAGCGUCAGAAACGGUUGCAAGGCACCUUAGCUUCGCAGGACGCGCCUAUUGCCACGCCAACAACAUUCCCGGACAAACCCAUAACCAAGAAGGAGCGUGAUCGCAUCACCAAAGCUGGCAAUACCGAAGAGGCCGUACAUAAACGAGCCAACGAGACUGCUGCCAUGGCCCUUGGCAUGAAAAAGGGCAAAAAGGCCAAAUACUCCUGGAUGGACAUUGGCAACGGCGGCGUCUCUGGCGCAGCUACACCGAGAGGGAACCCCAGUACGGGCGGUGGAGCAAGUGGCGCAGCUACGCCGGCGGCGCAGCAGACGGAUCGCGGCUUACUGGCCAACAAGCGAGUGUUCCAGGGCGGCGAUCUCGAGAAUGGUGAAGAAGGGGCGAAGAUCCAACUUCGUGACCUGGUGCAUGUUCUCGAGUCGGACGGCAAAGAGCGGAAAGCGCUUGUGCAGAUCGUAGCACGUAUGCGCAGCUGGGACACGGAUGCGAAGAAGAUUGAGGAUCGGCCACGGGCCAUUGCCGUGCCUACGGCACGGUGA